AUGGUCAUCAAGGCCAAAACAAAUUCUGCAGGUCUUUCUGUUAUACAGUGUCCUGGUAAAGUCCUGGUAAAGCCAGCUCCAGUUUUCCUGGUGGGCUCAAACAUUUCAAUCACCUGUGUAUCUAUAGAACAGAACUGUGACAUCAAUGAAUUUGAAUUAUAUCGAAAUGAAAAACCAAUACAAAUGGAGCGCUUUAAUAAAACUGCUGCGCAUCAUUGGAUGAUCAAUGUCACAACCCAAGACUCUACAAUAUACUGCUACAUUGAGUGUGUAGAUGGGGCGAAAGAGUUGGUGUGUGUAGCAAGUCUUCAACCUGGUUAUCCACCAGAUCAGCCAAAAGAUCUGACCUGCAUAUGGAGACAUAGUAAAAUGAUGUGUACGUGGAUAGCAGGGAAACAGACAUUUCUGGAAACGUAUUACGCCCUCCAUAUUCAAAGUGAAGGAACAGGGAAAGAACAGAUAUUUCCAACAAACCUCAGAUCAAGCAGUGUCACAGUCCCUGGAGAUCAUCUUCAGAAAGCUGUUAUAUACAGGGUCUGGAUACAAGCUGAGAAUGCAUUAGGAAAUGCAACAUCCAAGCAUCUAACUUUUUCACUCAAUGAUAUAGUUAAGCCUGAUGCUCCAAUGAUCACUAAAGUUGAAUUUCUAAAUAAUUCAGUUCCCAAGAUCAUUAUUCACUGGAGAAUUUCAACAAAUGCAGAAUGUCAGUUUGAAAUAAGAUACAGAAUAAUAUCCAAUCCUAAUAUGAGAUGGACUCUGGUUGCUAAGAACACUUUUAUUAUCAGUGGAAAUUCAGGUUAUUUUUACAAUUGGGAGCCUUUCAAGGAAUAUGAGUUUCAGAUCCGCUGCAACCUCAUAAAAAGCAACAACUACUGGAGUGACUGGAGCAAAUCUUUCAUAAACAAAACACCUGAGGCUGAGCCUGGUGGAGUCUUGGAUGUAUGGAGUUCAUGUGAGCCAAUAAAACCAAACAAACGUAAAAGAAUAAUCAUCUAUUGGAAGCCUCUUCACCCUCAGGAAACUAGGGGCAUUAUUCUUGGUUAUCGCAUAUUUUAUCAACAAAAUGGACCUGAAAUGACCAUCCGAGUGUGUAAUGUAUCAGAGACUCAGUACAGCUGGCAAACUCCUUGGACACCAGACAACAUCUUUGUUACAGCGUUUAACUCCAAGGGAGAUUCUACACCUGCAAUGCUCCACAUAGGAGAGUCAAAUAUGAUGGCUCCUAGAAACCUUAGGGUGAUACCAGCUGGAGACUCUGGAAUUUAUGUCAAAUGGGAACCACCACAUGAAGUCAGUGAGCCUGUGCUGGGCUAUGUAGUUGACUGGAGGGAAGCAGCUGACAACAACAAGCAGCUACUUAAUUGGAAAAGGCUUCCAAAGGACAAUCACUCCUUGUUUCUAGGACAAUCUUCUUCACUGCAGGAAUAUCUAGCAGAAGGAAGAAGCAUUAAACCAAGAAAACGUUACAAUAUUUCUGUCACUGCAAUGUACCAGAAGGGAAGAGGGCUGUCUUGUUCAGCUCAAGGAUAUUCUAUAGAAGGAAAACCCACAACAGGACCAAAUGUUUCAGUGUUGAAAAUUGCUGGACAGCAAGUACUUUUAAAAUGGGGAGAAAUUCCACUUGAAGAACAACAUGGAUUUAUCACCAACUACACCAUAUAUCUGAAGAGAGGUACUGAUGGGUCAUAUCUUGUUCCAUAUAAUGUCAUAAAUCCAACUGUGAGGACUUAUUGGCUGACACUUGGUUUUGAUGAUGUUUACAUCGUGUAUAUGACUGCCACAACAGCUGCAGGAGAAGGGGCCAAGGGAGCAGACUUGACCAUCAGGCAAGACCAUUACAGCAUUGCUCUUCCACUGCAGCUAAGUGUGGCAAUAACCGUUCCAUCGGCUUUUCUUUUAACUCUGGCAUUUGCAAAAUCAGUCAGACAAAGAAUUAAAUCAAUGUGCAAGAUAUUUUUACCUGGCUGGGCUCAGGAAAAAUUCCCCAAUGUGGAAAACAGCAAUGUGGUGAAAGGGCUACAGAGAAAAGAUGAAGUUCCCUUUCUACAUACUGCAGCACUGUUGGUAUAUAAUGAUCCACCAAUAACAGAAGUAGAAGAAACUUUGCUCCCAAGAACCAACAAAAGCUUCAUCCAAACUGUGCAUAGAAACUCUAAACAACAAAUAGAAAAAGCAACUUUUGAGAACCCAAUUGCAGAUAUUUCAGAAGCUCAUAAUUCUGGUCUGUCUCAACCAAAUGAAGACACAGAAAUUAUGGGCUACAAGCCUCAAGCAUCCAGCAGAUGCCAAUUGGUAGUUUUAUCACCUAAUGAUGAUGAAUCAAUUCCAAACACUGGAAAUAAUCUAGUUAAAGUAUACAAAGAGCUCAGCACUCCAGGUUUUGACAGGUUUCCAGAUAUUUCCACUAUCGAUGGAAUUCUAGAUUUAAACACAGAUUUGGCAUCCAACCAUAAUGGAAAACAAGAUGAUCAAAAUUACAUCCUUAAGAAGGAAGAGGAUCAGUUCCCAGUCAAUGAGCAUCACAGAACAUAUAUAACAGAGGGACUACUUCAAGAGCAAACUCUACUACCAGAUGAAUUUGUUGAUUGUUUACUGCACCUAGAAGAUGAUUCCACACAUAUCAAAUCUUAUUUCCCUCAGAUCGUGGCCAGUCAGUGACAUUACUUUAGCUGACACAAAAUUUGUUUCUUGUUGUUCAAGUCUUCAGAAGUUGUAUUUUCCAUAAGUUUGUGUGAUUCACUCAGGCUGUGCUCACAGAAGUAGAGAACUUGAAUAUAAAACAUCAAAAAGAGUAUAAGUUGCAAACUGGAAUUCAUAUUUUCCUUACAGAAUCAAUAUGUGGAAUGGGCUGCUAACAAAAUCAAUUAAUGUGUUGUUAAUCCUAAAAAGAGUAAAUGUCUGGUACAGACCAGGAUUUAAGGAUUUAAGGAAAGAAAUAGGUGGUCAAGAUCCCCAGAAAAGUGAUACUUUGCUUCUGAGCCCAUGACUGAGUUAACUGCGAAUGCCACCAGUUAAAUAUUGUUGGUUGUAUAGUUGGAUUAGGAUCCCUGAAUUUAGACAUUAACAUAACUGGUCUCAAAACAGGGUAAAGUAUGUAUUUAAAUCCAAUCACGCCUCUGAAUCUAACAUUGCAAUGCCAAAGUCAAGAUUGUUAAUUUGAAGAUUAUCAGCCAAUUAUAUUAUUUAAUGCUACAGUUGGUAGAGUCCAGAAAGCCAUUUGGUAUGAGAUAGAACUCAAGCUAAACUUCACUUAGCUUUAUAUUUAUUUAGAGUUUCAUAUGACAAGCAUAAACGU